GCCUCCCACCUUUUUGCCGCGGAGUUUCCCAGUUUAGGCACACUUCACCCUGAGUUCAUUCUAAACUGGGAGGGGAUGGGCCAAUACAAAAACUGAUUCACAGCUGAAAAAUGUGUCACUUCAGAGUGUAAUGAGUUAGAAGAACAGACACAUGGGCACCAGAGGCAUUUGCUGAGGCUUUUUCCAGAAUCACCCAGAAGGGCAGUUUCUCUGAAGAAUCAUUUUGUUUCAUCUUCUUUGGAUCUGGACAUAUUACUCAGUCAUAUUUGACUACAGCUGUCCAGGACUGACAGAAAACCUGGUGGAGUGUUUUGUUCUUUCAAAACCACAGGAGAUAUCCUCAGUGUUUGUGUCAGACUGUGGCCGUGUCGACUGACAGACUGAGCGGCAUGUCAAAAGAGGUGAAGCCACAGAGCGUGGAGCUGUGUCCUCUGGGCACGGCAGCUGCCCCUGAGCAGGAGCUGCUGUGUAUCUUUGGGACGGGGGACUUAGGGCGCUCUCUGGGCCAGCGUCUGCUCCAGAAUGGCUACAGAGUGGUGUACGGCAGCCGCAGACCUCACAGCUGUGGCCCCUUGCCUCAGGGAGCUCAGGUGAUGAGCCAUGCAGCUGCAGCCCAGUCAGCCAGUCUGGUGUUUAUUUGUAUCCACAGAGAACACUACAACUUUCUGGAGAUGCUUGCACCUCAACUGAGGGGGAAGGUGCUGGUGGAUGUCAGCAACAACCUCAAGAAGAAUCUAUACCCAGAGGCCAAUGCUGAGUAUCUGCAGAGGCUGAUUCCUGAAUCGCAUGUGGUGAAAGCCUUUAACACCUUGUCUGCCUGGACCGUGCAGAACGGACCCUCAGAUGCCAAUAGACAGGUGUACAUGUGUGGGAACAGUGCUGAGGCAAAGCAAGCAGUGGCAGAAGUGGCCACCAAGCUGGGCUUCAGUGUUCUGGACCGGGGGUCUCUGUCAGCAGCCAGAGAGCUGGAGGACUUCCCCCUGCAGCUGUUCCCAGAGUGGAGGCUGCCGCUAAAGCUGGCGAUCGGCCUCACCACCUCCCUCUUCUUCUACGUGCUUAUUAGAGAUGUCAUCUAUGCGUAUGUUGAACAGAAGAAAGACAUCUCUUUCAGAAUCAUGGUGUCCCUGGCUAACAAGGUGUGUCCCAUUGUGUCUCUCAUCAUGUUGUCUCUGUGUUACCUACCUGGUAUAAUAGCUGCUGUCUUCCAGCUCUACAGAGGAACCAAGUACAGGCGAUUCCCUGACUGGUUGGACCGCUGGAUGCUGUGCAGGAAACAACUGGGACUGGUAGCACUUGGCUUUGCCUUUCUACAUGUGCUUUAUACUCUCAUCAUCCCCAUACGAUAUUAUGUGAGAUUCAAGAUUGCUGCAAGUACCAUUUCAAAGAUCAAGGAAAACAAAACGGCAGUGUUUGACACCACCACAGCCUGGCGCAGUGACUCUUACCUUUCUAUGGGGAUUCUGGGAUUCGGCCUGUAUGUCCUGUUGGGAAUAAGUUCUCUCCCUUCAGUCAGCAAUGCUCUCAGCUGGAGGGAGUUCAGCUUCAUACAGUCCAAGCUUGGCUACCUCACCUUGUUCUUCUGCACCUUUCACACCUACUUGUACGGCUGGGACAAGUUUCUUCGCCCGUCUUCCUACAAGUGGUACAUUCCUCCAGCCCACAUGCUUGCUCUGGUGGUGCCUUCUGUAGUGCUGGUGCUCAAGCUGCUGCUCCUCCUGCCCUGUGUGGACCGCAGCCUCACCCGCAUUCGACAGGGAUGGGAGAGGACUGAACCAGAUGACAAUAGCAAGAAAACAUUGCUACCAUAGGACUGUAACAAUUAGACACACACACAUACACAAAGACCAUGCACAGAAAUCACAGAUACAGAGGCACCACGGUGACUUGCCUUGCAAGAGUUUUAUGAUCAGGUAACCCUAGCUCAAUGUUUUUAAUGUCAUAAAUCCACUUUACAGUUACACCUAUUGUUCUGCUCUCAACAGAGAAAUUAGACUGAAACUCUUGUCACCGUCUCCUUGCACAACCAUGUUGGAAUUGUUCCAUUUUGCAAACAUAUUAUAUGAUAUAAUGCUAUGUAUCUAACUCACAAAUGCUCAACUUUGGUGUAUUUUCCUUUACAUCAUCCAACUCUGAUUUUUAUUUGCACCUUUGUGCAUCUCAUUUUUUUUUAAAUCUUUAUGACUUAUGUUUAUUGGAUUUAUUUUUCAUCCACUUCUGUACAUUUUUACUCGUGGAUUUGGUUCUCACAGUAUUUUCAUUCUCCGUAAUUAAUGUUCCAAUAUGUAAAGUGUAACCACUGUUAAAUGCUCUUGAAACUAAACUUCAGUGUGACUGAA